GGAGGCGCGCGGGAAGUGACGCCUCCCGGUGGGCGGGAAAGGGGUGGGCUUAGCCCCGCCCUUACUUCCGGGUUGGCCCGGGCUCAGCGGGAGCCGCCGGUGCGGGAGUGUGGGACAGAAGGUUUGGAAGAGCAGUCGCUUUGGUCUUGAAUGUCUACAGAGCUGAGGACGUAGUUGUCUGUUCCACUGGCUUCAAACACAGAAGUAGUGAAGAGUGACAUAGUUGUACGGAGCUGAAAGGAUCCCCAUACGUGAUUGAUCUAUGAAAUGGCAGAGAAUGGAACGGAUUGUGAUCAGAGACGCAUAGGAAUGAUCAAAGAACAGCACAAUGGAAACUUUACAGAUUCCUCUUUGUUGAGUGAACGGAAGCGAAGGGACCGAGAAGAGAGGUUGAAUAUUUUACUGUGGAGACAACCGCUUGUUACCUUGCAGUAUUUUUUCCUGGAAACUCUAAUAAACUUGAAGGAAUGGACCAUAAAAUUGUGGCAUCGGCGAAGUAUCUUGGUGUCUUUUUUACUGACGCUUGCAGUGCUUACAGCUACGUAUUACAUUGAAGGAACACAUCAACAGUAUGUGCGGUAUAUGGAGAAAAAGUUCUUCUGGUGUGCCUACUGGGUAGGAUUAGGCAUUCUGUCCUCUGUUGGACUAGGAACAGGUCUCCACACCUUUCUGCUCUAUUUGGGUCCACACAUAGCAUCAGUUACUCUUGCUGCAUAUGAAUGUAACUCAGUUAAUUUUCCUGAGCCUCCUUACCCGGAUCAAAUUAUCUGUCCUGAUGAGGAGACGACUGAAGGAUCCAUCUCUUUAUGGGCUAUCAUCUCAAAAGUUAGGCUGGAGGCCUGCAUGUGGGGUGCUGGCACAGCUAUUGGAGAGCUGCCUCCAUAUUUUAUGGCGAGGGCGGCCCGACUCUCUGGUGCUGAACCUGAUGAUGAAGAGUACCAGGAAUUUGAGGAGAUGCUGGAACAUGCAGAGACUGCACAAGAUUUUGCUUCCCGGGCUAAACUGGCCGUCCAGAACCUGGUGCAGAAGGUUGGGUUCUUCGGCAUUUUGGCCUGCGCUUCAAUUCCAAACCCUCUGUUUGACCUGGCCGGGAUAACAUGUGGACACUUUCUGGUUCCCUUCUGGACCUUCUUUGGUGCAACCUUGAUUGGGAAAGCAGUAAUUAAAAUGCACAUCCAGAAACUUUUCGUUAUUGUAACAUUCAGCAAACAUAUAGUGGAGCAGAUGGUGUCCCUAAUCGGUGCUAUUCCAAGUAUAGGUCCUUCUCUUCAGAAGCCAUUUCAAGAGUAUUUGGAAGCUCAGAGGAUAAAACUUCACCACAAAUCAGAUGGUGGCGUGCCACAGGGGGAAAACUGGCUAUCCUGGAUGUUUGAAAAAUUGGUGAUUGUCAUGGUUUGUUAUUUUAUCUUAUCUAUAAUCAACUCCAUGGCCCAGAGCUAUGCCAAACGACUGCAACAGAAGAUGUACUCUGAAGAAAAAACCAAAUGAGCUUGGGAAAAACCCCUUGGAAUGGGUUUUAGCAGACACAAAAAAAGACACAUCUUUCCAUAUGUUUAAAAAUCAGCAUUAUUCAAAAAUGGGGGAAAACUUUUUAACAUCAAUUUUCAACUAUAACAAGUUUUGAUUUAAUUUUGAAAGUAAUUUGGAUAUUAGAACAGACGUUUCACUGACAAACUUAUAAAUGUUAAGGUAAGGUAUAAAUGCUUUACAAGUCUGAGUUGUAUGAUACAGGAUGGACAAUGUGAUGUUAAAUGGUGUUUAACGCAAGUGUCGUCCAUCCAAAUUACUUCCAAAACUGAUGAUUUAAUACUCUCCACUUCCUGAUUUAACUUCAGACUGACCUAAGGGUAACCUUUUAUUUUGAAGGGUGGCUGGUUUGCUUUUUCCAUAACUUUCAAGACCAUCAAAAUGUAUAUAAAUGAAUACCGAUUGGAUACAAACUGUUGCAUGCCCUUCAUGGUAAGGCUAUUCCAUCUGAAUUCUCCAGUGUCCCAUCGCAUUGCACGUGCUCUCGGUUGGAAAAGCCACCCUCUUAAACUUCAUGAUGUUAGCAGAGAUGAUUGAUGUCAAAAUGCUGAAGCUGACAUUUUUUAUUCUGUAUAUUUAGAAUGAAGUUAAGAUAAAACUUUAUAAAGUCAUCUUUGAUCAUUCCAGAAUUUCUUGUGUCAGUCUUUUUAAGCUGUUUCUUUUCCUCUCUGCUUUUGUAUGCUCAGUUUCUUUAGUUUCUUUAUUAAGCCUUAAUCCCAUGAAUCGCAUGCUUUACUCAUCCUUCCUGCACAAAUGGUGCUGAAGCCCUUUGUUCUUUUUUUUUUCUUUUUUCUUAAGAACUUCUUACUUAGCAGAAGGAAGUAGAAAGGAUAUCACUGGCUUGAAGUACGGCUCACUGGUUAAAAUAGGCAAGUUAAAUAGCUAGUGAUAUUUGUUAUCACAAAUUCUUCUCAGAUGUUUGCCAUUGAUCACAGCACCGUGGGCAAUGAAGGAAAAGAGAGGGGGGAAGAGUAAAGAUUCCAGCUGAAAACAGACUUGAUGUCAAACCCAGCAAUGAUGCAGAGAACCUUACCCUUAGGCUUUUAAAGUCAGAUCUUUUUAAAACAUUGUUAUGAAUCGGUGUGUGUUCCAGUUCUAAUGUACAUGAACAUAACUAAUAUUAAAAUGGAUCUUUUUCCCUCUUUAGUAAGUAGAUAUCCAUUUCACCGCUACUGUAUAUGUAUUACUACUCUAAUAACUUUUGAACUAUUGUUUUUUAUUUUUAUCCUAGGGGUAAGUAACAAGAAUUAAUUUGACUUUCAAUUAGUGUUAUCAAAAGGUGGCAUAUGAGCACAAAGUAGAUUAGAUCUUGCUCUUGCUUAGGUUAGAUUUAUCCCUGCAUGAGGCUAGGGCAGAUCUCGAGCAAGGUGUGAGAAUAUGUAUUUUGUUCAAUCCUGCCUGAAUGUCCUCUUGUGUUGCCAACCGUCGUGACAUCUCCAUGGCUGUACCAUCCUGUCGGAUAGCUUAUCAGACUGAUGUUGACUGUUGGAUCUCAUGGCAACAACAGUCGGUAGGCUGUCUGACAUUUUGGUAUCUUUCAUCUGACCGUUUGCUCAUCCAUCUCCAACUGUUUUCAUUGAACAUCAACAGCAUGUAAGUGUUUUUAAGGUUAGAUGGAAAUGAGUUCAGAAGUCACGCAGUGCAGCAGUCUACAUAAGAAACAUCUUUUAAAGUUUCAUCUCAGUUGUGUGUGAGGUCUGUAGUGUUUCUCCUGUAUGCUUCAUAUAUGACUUCAAACAAUGUUACUGAAUGAAUGGGGAGGCUUUUAAUAGGGACUUCUCUCAGUAGAGCUGCUGACUAGAUUAAAUUUAAAUAUCUAAAAGGCUGAGUGCUGGGAGGUACUACAAGAUAGUUAAAAGCACAAAGGCCAUUCAUUUGCCCCUGUGGGUUUUUAAAAGAUAAGCAGUAUUUCUUAAAUCUUGGCCCUAGCAGCUUUUUCACUUUUUGGCCUAAAUAUUGUCUUUGAAAAUAAAUUAGCAAAGAACUUGUUCUAAUACAAUACACAUUCAAAAAAAAUCAUAGCUCUAUUUGAUACUUCACUUUUUUCAGUCUACUCAAACUUUCAUUUUGCACUUUGUAAGAGAUCACGUCAGCAGUUCAUAGCUGUUUGUUUCAUUUUCCUUCAGGAUACUCGGAUUAGUGAAACAGCCUUUUGCUACUUUCCCCAGUUCUAGUGGCAGAUUUUUUUCCUCAGAUCUGCUAUUCACCUUAGGGACACUAUAUUUACUUCACACAGUUCUGGUAGCGUCUUAAGGCCUUUCGUGAGAGUAAAUGACAUUUAUGCCAUGUUGAGGUCCCUGUGUGCUGUCAGAUUGAAAUGAGGAGACUGUAACAAUAACUAAAAAGAAAAAAACCCCUCGUCCUAGAGCUUGAGCCAAUAAACUAUACCUUUCUAAAUGCUUUAGCAGUCUCCUCAUAAUUAUGCCUCCUUGCCUACUGAAAAAUCACUAGACAAAUUGAAAGCCUUCUCCCACUUGUAUUUCAAUAUAUGUUUACAUACAUAUAGUGUGAAAUAUAUCUCUUGUUCUGCAACUCAUGUUUGUACAUGUCCAUUCCAAUAAGCUAUGCUGUUAUUUUGAAGCUUUCUAACACUAUUUAAAGGGACCGGUCAUUCUACUUGCUUCUACCUGUUGAGCUGCUGGGAGAUAAGACGACUUGGUAAAAGGUAAAAAAAAAAAUAGAAAUGAAAGUUAUGCAAACCUAAUGAGAUUUGCAAAUGGAUAGUUUUAUGUUUGCUUAAAUAAACAAACAAAUAACUGUU